AUGAGUACCCGUUACUCGUGCGACUAUGCCGUCCGUGCAGCUGGUUGCAAGAAAUGUAAAUUGCAACUACCUAAAGGAGAAUUACGCUUGGCGAAGGUCACGCCCAAUCCGUUUGUCCAAAAUGCGGAAGGACCUCCACCGGAUAUGAAAUCGUAUUUUCAUCCAAUUUGUCUUUUUGACACUUUCAUGAAGGCUCGCGCCACAACAAAAGUGAUUGAGGAGCCCGGUGAUCUUGAAGGUUGGAUUGACAUGACUGAUGAAGACAAGGUGAAAGUCACCGAGCUUAUCGAUGAUUUGGUGAAAACACGCGAGAAAAAGGGAGGCGGCGUUCAGAGGACUUUGACACCAAUUGUUAAAAAAGCUGUCAAAAAGGAAGAGGAUAGUGAGCAGCAAAGCAGUGCUAAGGCAGCUGCCUUCUUCAGCAAGAGAGAACCAUUGAAGGCUGUGAAAAAGGAAGAACCGGAAACGGAAGAGAGUAAAGCGAACCAAGAAAGCAAAUUCAAUUUGUUUACAAAGUUGUGCAAACUUUGCGAGCUCAUUGCAGACGUUAACAAGCAUCUUGACAAAGCCGAUUGUGUACGCCGCUUUUUUAAGUCGGAUGGGUAUGACGGUGAUACCUUGCUUAUUCUUCGUUUCCUGAUCCCCAGCAUUGAUCAGCGCGUGUACAACAUUAAAGAACGUCAAUUAAUCAAGCACUUUGCUCAGAUUUUUGGAGUACCACCUGCGAAACUCACAGACGAGUAUAAUAAGAAUGGCGACAUUUCGCAAACAAUUAAAGAAGCCGCUGAGAAUUUCAAAUUUUCUGUUGAAAAGAGCGAUUGGAGUAUUCAAAAGAUUGAUCGUUGGCUAGAUAAACUUGCACAAAAAACUCACGAUGAAGAUCAGCUGGAGCAUCUACGUUUUGCUACAAAAAGGCUUUCUCCACGAGAAUUGCAAUACCUUCUGCGGUUGAUCAAAAAGGACAUGCGGUUUAACGCAGGUGCAAAAGUCAUCUUUGAUGGUUUUCAUCCCAAUGCUUAUGAGGCUUUCCAGAGUUGCAGGGAUCUAGCGGAUAUUGUCAAACGAGUUGAAACAGGAGCAAUUUCAGGGGAAAAGUCCUCGCUUGCGGUGAACAUCACUCUUGGAACACCAAUUCUUCCUAUGUUGGCUGAGGCAUGCAAGAGUGUUGAAUUUGCCAUGAAAAGAUGUUCAAAUGGAAUGUUGGCUGAAAUCAAGUACGAUGGAGAACGUGUUCAAAUACAUAAAAAGGGAGACAAAUUUGACUUUUUUUCACGUUCGCUGAAGCCUGUGGUAAAACACAAGGUUGCUCUCGUUGAUAAGUAUAUUGUCAAAGCUUUCCCUGAUGCCAAAGACCUGAUUUUGGAUGCCGAAAUUUUGAUGGUUGACACAGCUACUGGCAAACCUCUUCCCUUUGGAACACUUGGUAUUCACAAAAAAGAGAAAUUCUCGAAUGCUGUUCCUUGCUUGUUUGUAUUUGAUUGUCUGCUUUAUGAUGAUGUACCUGUUAAGGACAAGCCGCUCUCCGAAAGGAAGAAAUUCUUGGAAGAUACCUUAAAGGAGGUGCCAAAUCACGUGAUGCACAGUAAUUAUCAAGUGAUCAAGCAUGGAGAAAAUCAUAAAUUGAAAACUAUGAUUCUCAAAGCCAUUGAUGAAGGAUUGGAAGGGCUUGUUCUCAAGGAUUUGAAUGGAGUGUAUGAGCCUGGAAAGCGCCAUUGGUUGAAAGUGAAGAAAGAUUAUUUGGAGGAUGGUGGUAUGGCUGACACUGCUGAUUUGAUUGUUCUUGGAGCUUAUUAUGGAACUGGAAACAAAGGCGGUAAAAUGUCGGUCUUUCUGAUGGGAGUAUAUGAUGAAGACACUGAAACGUAUCGGACUGUUUGUAAAAUGGGUAAUGGACACACAGAUGAAGUUCUCGACAGGUUGAACAAGGAAUUGAAGCCAAAAAUGCGUGCUAUUAAACGAGAUGUCGAAAAGCUUCCCAAAUGGCUUCGUUGUUCUUCUCAAUUGUGCCCAGAUUUUGUUAUGAUGGAUCCAAAGCAAGCACCAGUUUGGGAAAUUACAGGCGCCGAAUUCUCUCGAUCCACAAACCAUACGGCUGACGGAAUUUCGAUUCGUUUUCCACGUGUGACAAAAAUUCGUGACGACAAAGAUGUAGAAACGGCUACAUGUCUCAGGGAAUUGAAGAUCUUGUUCGAAAAUUCAAAAGAAAAAAGUGAUGUUGAUAAAGACGAAGAUGAUUCACUCCCAAUUUAUUCAAAAGACAAGCUAGCUCUGGGACAAGCAAUGCACGAUUCGGAGGGCGAAGAUGAUGACACAAAGCAUUUAUUGAAGCAAGAAAAUGAACAAAAUGUCGCUGUUGAGAACACAUCGCCAAAGCGCAGCCCAAGGAAGAGAAAGCUAGAAGAAGAAAAGAGCCCUGUAAAGAGCAAGAAAAGGAAGUCGAAUGAGGAAAAUAUGGGAGAUGACAAAAAAGACGAGCAGCAUUUAUUGAAGCAAGAAAAUGAACAAAAUGUCGCUGUUGAGAACACAUCGCCAAAGCGCAGCCCAAGGAAGAGAAAGCUAGAAGAGGAAAAGAGCCCUGUAAAGAGCAAGAAAAGGAAGUCGAAUGAGGAAAAUAUGGGAGAUGACAAAAAAGACGAGCAGAAGGACUUGCCAGCUUGCAAAUGGGGAUCACUUUGUAGUCGAAAGAAUCCACAGCACUUGAAGGAGUUUGCUCAUCCAAAGAAG